AUGGGUCUGUUCGGCAAAAAGACAACGAGCUCAGCUUCAAGCCCCGUCGAGCCAGCCCAACGAGCCAAUGUCGAAUCCGAAGAUGCCGCUGUCGUACCCAGCCUGAGUGUAUCGGAGGCAGAUUCAUUGGAGAAGAGUAGAGAUUUAGAGACAACCAUGGUGGAUGAGAAAGGGCCCGAGGCCAACCAGAAGAUACAGGAUGCUUCCCCAGUUGCGAACGACAAUGCCGACUCUUCGCAAGGAACAGCGUACCUACCGUCAGAAAAAGAGGGGAAGACCCAAGAGGAUGUUCAGGUUGAGAGUGAUACAAAGAGCACCAGUUCCGUGAGUGUGGUUGGUCCCGCGGGCCCAGGCGACGAUGAUGAAGUAGUCUAUCCAGGCGGAGUGAAACUGGCACUGAUCUGCCUGGCACUUUGUCUGUCGGUGUUCUUGGUCGCGUUGGAUAACACCAUUAUUGCAACGGCCAUCCCCAAAAUUACAGAUCACUUCAAGUCCUUGGGCGAUGUCGGUUGGUAUGGAUCGAGUUAUCUGCUCACCACUUGCGCUUUGCAGUUGUUCUUUGGAAAGCUGUACACCUUUUACUCUAUCAAGACAGUAUAUCUGGUCUCCAUUGUCAUUUUCGAGGUUGGGUCGGCCGUUUGUGGUGGCGCUCCGACCUCCGAUGCACUGAUCGUCGGUCGUGCGAUAGCCGGUGUCGGUUCGGCUGGCAUUUUCAGUGGUGCGUUGGUGAUUAUCGCAUACACUGUCCCGCUAAAGAAACGACCCAUCUACACUGGUAUCAUUGGAGCAAUGUAUGGGAUUGCCUCUAUUGCCGGUCCGUUGCUGGGUGGUGCCUUUACAGAUGGGCCAGGUUGGCGUUGGUGCUUUUACAUCAACCUCCCUCUUGGUGGCGUUACGCUCGUGGUGAUUUUCAUCUACUUCCACUCUCCGGUUCGUAAGGCUGAGCAGAAAGUACCACUUCGAGAACGUGCGCACCAGCUUGACCUGGGCGGCACUGCGCUCUUCAUUAUCGCCAUUGUGGUCUGCCUGCUUGCCUUGCAAUGGGGUGGCUCUACCUAUGCUUGGUCAAACUGGCGGAUCAUUCUGUGUCUCGCAUUGUUCGGCGUACUUACCAUCGUCUUCGUCAUCCACCAGUACUUUAUGAAGGAAUAUGGCACCAUUCCUUUCAAUAUCAUCUCGCAACGAAGCGUGGCAUCUGCAUGUUGGUUCUCAUUUACCCUGGGUGCCUCAUUCUUCGUUCUGAUCUACUGGGUCCCGAUCUGGUUCCAAGCCAUCAAAGGUGCAUCUGCGUUCAAAUCGGGGAUUAUGUGCUUGCCCAUGGUCCUGGCCCUUGUCCUGGCAAACAUCGCCACCGGGGUGGGCACGACAGCGAUCGGGUACUACGCUCCGUUCUAUUUUGGAUGUGUGGUUCUCUCUGCUAUUGGGUCAGGUCUUUUGACGACUUUUGAGACCACUACCGGCCAUGAGAAGUGGAUUGGAUAUCAAGUCAUAUACGGUUUUGGGGUUGGCCUUGGCAUGCAACAAGCUCUCAUCACCGUCCAGACCGUUCUCCCUUUGAAGGAUGUGCCAACUGGGACUGCGAUGGUCAUGUUUAUGCAAACAUUUGGCGGCGCCUUGUUUGUCUCGGUUGCCCAAAACAUCUUUAACAACCGACUCAUGUCAGAAAUCCCUAAACUGGCUCCAGGGAUCGAUCCGGCCAUUAUCUUGCACGUCGGAGCGACGAGUCUCAAGGAACAGAUCCCAAAAGCGCCUUGGCUGGGGUACAGACGGCGUACAAUACCUCGUUGA